CGGGAGGGCGCGUGCGCCGUGGCGCGCCGGGCUCCGCGGUGCGGGCGGCAGCGAUCGCAAUGUCGGGAGCGGCCGGAGCCGGGGCCGGGACUUCGCUGGGCUCGGUGCUGAGGCGCUGCCUGUCCGAGUACGGCAGCGGCACGCCCAGCCGCCUAAAGGUGCUGGACGCCUACCUGCUGUACGUGCUGCUGAGCGGCGCGCUGCAGUUCGGCUACUGCCUCGGCGUCGGCACCUUCCCCUUCAACUCCUUCCUCAGCGGCUUCAUCUCCGCCGUCGGCAGCUUCAUCCUCGGCGUUUGCCUCCGGAUCCAGAUCAACCCCCAGAACAAGGGGCAGUUCCAGGGCAUCUCACCCGAGCGGGCGUUCGCUGAUUUCCUCUUCGCCAGCACCAUCCUGCAUCUCGUGGUCAUCAACUUUGUUGGCUGAGCUCUGGAACACACUGGGAGGUCUGGAAUUGCUCCUGAGCUCUGCUGCCAAAGCCUGGCACCAGGACGUGUGUUUCAGCAGCAGACUCCUGAACCUGCCUCCUUGGCAGGGCAAUGCUCAAGGGUUUUCCCCACAAACUGCCCUGUGGAGGGCUCUGCUGCCCCCUCACAUUGCCUCAGUGCUGUAAUCCUGCCUGUCAAUAAAACCCUUUGUGAUACUGCA